AAGUGAUUUUCCUCUGGUUAAUUUGAGAAAUUUCUUUAAGUGAUCUUAGAAUGGAUCGUUGGAUUGGAAAAGUGGCCGUUGUAACGGGCGCAAGUGCUGGAAUUGGAGCAGCAAUAGUUAAGGAUCUCGCAAAGGCGGGAAUGGUUGUUGUGGGACUUGCAAGAAGGGCUGAAAGAGUUGAUGAUCUCAAAAAUGAUCUUCCUGAAGAUGUUCGUCAAAAUCUUCAUUCAGCAAAGUGCGAUGUGAUGAAUGAAGAUGAGAUUGUGAAGGUUUUUGCGUGGAUUAAGGAGAAAUUCGGUGGAGUGGACGUAGUGGUUAAUAAUGCAGGAAUAAUUGAUACGAACACCCGUCUUAUAGAUGAAGGAAAUUCAGAAAUAAUACGCAACACCGUCAAUACAAAUAUCCUGGGUUUGAUAUUCUGCACAAGAGAAGCCUUCAAGUCCAUGAAAGAUAGAUCCGUUGCUGGACAUAUUAUUCUGAUGAACAGCAUAGCUGGACACGCACUUCCUAAUAUGCAGUAUGAAUUUCCAGAGUUUAACUUCAACGUUUACAGUGGAACAAAGCACGCUGUAACGGCUAUAACUGAAGGACUUCGUCAGGAACUGCUGAAAGUGAAGGAUUCUGAAGGCGGUCAUCUUGCAAUAAAAGUAACCAGCAUUAGUCCAGCUGUUGUUCAAACUGACAUCACUCCAGCUUACUCCAAGGAAGCUCUUGCAAACUUUCCGCACCUCAAAGCUGAAGAUAUUUCUGCAGCUGUCCUGUAUACCCUGGGAACUCCUCCACAUGUCAACAUCCAAGAGAUCCUCAUCAAACCAGUAGGAUCUUUUGUCUAAUUUUAUUUAUUUUUACCAAAAAGAAAAACAAUUCAAUGUAAAAAAAAAGGAAUAAAAAAACAUCUUAAUCUA